AUGGCGGGCAGGGGAGGGCCUGUAUUUAGCCUCCCAUCCACACCAGGAGAAAAACGAUCUCAGAUCACACCCGUCCUUUGCCAGAACACCAAACACGUAAUCAGUCCACACCCCGGCUCGCUUUCGCAACCGAACCAGCACGAGGCUCGCAAACCCCAGACGAGCGACCUCCUCCACCUGCGCGCCAGACGCCGGGGUCGCUCUCACACCUUCCCCACGUCGCCACAUCCCACCACACACGGCUCCGUCAAAUGGGAAGCCUAUCUCCAUGACAUACUCCAACCUUAUUUGGCUUUCCUCGUCGUCCUCUACUUGUACACCAAUACACCUCCAGUUCGAGCAGGAACCUGCAUUCGUCUGUCGCUGCCCUGCAUCACAUCGCCCUCGCACCCUGUGGCGGGCGCCGUCGGCACCUUCCUAAUCGGGCCACACCGUCCAAUCCACCCAGCGCCCAUCACCGAUGGAUCCGUCCGACACAUCGAUAACGCAGCAGUCAUUGGAGAGUCGCAUAAAUAG